GCCCGGCUCAGGUCGGGGAGCGGCGGCGGAGGAGGCGCAGGCGGGGCCGCCGCCGGUGCCGGAGGUCCCUUGGGCGCUGCUAUGGGCAAGAGGAGCAAGCGGGCAGCAGACAGCUCUUCCUCGGCCGACGAGGAGGAGUAUGUGGUGGAGAAGGUGCUGGACCGGCGCGUGGUGAAGGGCCAGGCCGAGUACCUGCUCAAGUGGAAGGGCUUCUCCGAGGAACACAACACUUGGGAACCGGAGAAGAACCUGGAUUGCCCGGAGCUGAUCUCGGAGUUUAUGAGGAAGUACAAGAAGAUGAAGGAAGGAGAUGGGAACAGGGGACGGGAGAAGGCAGAAGGAGCCAAGAGGAAAGGGCUGGCGGCCGGAGGGGACGAUGUCAAGGCCAAGAAGAAGAGGGAGAGCAACGACAUCGCUCGGGGCUUCGAGCGGGGCCUGGAGCCAGAGAAGAUCAUUGGGGCCACGGACUCCUGCGGGGACCUCAUGUUCCUCAUGAAGUGGAAGGACACGGAUGAAGCUGACCUGGUGCUGGCAAAGGAGGCGAACCUCAAGUGCCCCCAGAUCGUCAUUGCCUUCUAUGAGGAGCGCCUCACCUGGCACGCGUACCCCGAGGACAGCGACAGCAAAGAGAGGGACCCCCCCCGGAGCUAAGGACCCCCCCCAAUCCUGUACAUAGCCCCCUCCAUACCCCCCCCAUACAAUGGCCCUUCCCAUAGCGCCCUAAUGGGGG